GAGAUAGAGCAAUGCUGGCUGCCCCGCACUGACCCCCGCCGCCCCCACAGCCUCCGGUGGCCCCGGCACCCGACCUGAUGCGGCGGUGAGGACAGGCCUGAACCCGCCUGGAGACAAGCAGGGCGGCAUCAACAUCGGCAGCCAAGGAUUUGGACGUUCCAAUAGACCAUAUCCUUGCGGCCGCAGGAUGGGCAAGUGAACGGAUGUUUCACAAGUAUUACCAUAAGGAGAUUGCAGAACCUGAGUUUCAGUCAUGGGUUGCAUAAAGAGCAAAGAGGACAAAGAGCCAGCUAUGAAAUAUAAACCAGGUGACACUACUGGAACCAUUGCUGCAAAUAUUACUCAGUAUGGUCCUGAUCCCACCCAACUGACACAAUCACCAGCAUCAAAGGGACAAUCUGGUAACUUCAACAAACAUUCCAUUACACCUUUUGGUGGGUCAGCUGGUAUGGCACCAUUUGGAGGUGCUUCAUCGUCAUUUAGUAUUGUUCCGACCCAGUUUGCAAGUGGUGUUACAGGUGGCGUAACUAUUUUUGUGGCCUUGUAUGAUUAUGAAGCAAGAACAACUGAAGAUCUAUCUUUCAAAAAGGGUGAAAGAUUUCAGAUCAUAAACAAUACGGAAGGUGACUGGUGGGAAGCUCGUUCUAUCACUACGGGAAAGAAAGGUUACAUUCCUAGCAAUUAUGUGGCUCCAGCUGAUUCCAUCCAAGCAGAAGAAUGGUAUUUUGGAAAAAUGGGCCGUAAGGAUGCCGAACGAUUGCUGUUACAUACAGGAAAUCCACGCGGCACGUUCUUGGUUCGAGAGAGUGAAACCACGAAAGGUGCAUAUUCCCUUUCGAUAAGAGAUUGGGAUGAAGCAAAAGCUGACAAUGUCAAACACUACAAAAUCAGAAAGCUGGACUGUGGUGGUUAUUAUAUUACAACACGAGCACAGUUCGAGUCGCUACAGAAGCUGGUGAAACACUAUACAGAUCAUGCAGAUGGCUUAUGCCAUAGAUUAACUACUGUGUGUCCUACUGUGAAACCACAAACCCAGGGACUAGCUAAAGAUGCGUGGGAGAUUCCUCGAGAUUCCUUGCGUCUGGAAAUUAAACUUGGACAAGGUUGUUUUGGUGAAGUGUGGAUGGGAACUUGGAAUGGCACAACUAAAGUGGCAAUUAAAACACUAAAACCUGGUACCAUGUCUCCAGAAGCUUUUUUGCAAGAAGCCCAAAUUAUGAAGAAAUUGAGACAUGAUAAACUUGUACCACUGUAUGCUGUUGUUUCAGAAGAGCCAAUUUACAUUGUAACAGAAUACAUGGCAAAAGGAAGUUUAUUGGAUUUUGUAAAGGAAGGUGAUGGGAAAUCAUUGAAACUUCCUCAACUUGUUGAUAUGGCUGCACAAAUUGCUGAUGGCAUGGCGUAUAUUGAACGAAUGAACUACAUCCACAGAGACCUAAGAGCAGCCAAUAUCCUUGUGGGUGACAAUCUUGUGUGUAAGAUAGCAGACUUUGGCUUAGCACGGUUGAUUGAAGACAAUGAGUAUACAGCAAGACAAGGAGCUAAAUUUCCUAUCAAAUGGACGGCCCCUGAGGCUGCUUUAUAUGGACGGUUUACAAUUAAAUCAGAUGUGUGGUCUUUUGGAAUUCUACUGAUAGAGCUGGUUACCAAGGGAAGAGUACCAUAUCCAGGUAUGGUGAACAGGGAGGUUUUGGAGCAGGUAGACCGGGGCUAUAGAAUGCCUUGCCCUCAGGGAUGCCCAGAUUCUCUGCACGAGCUGAUGAAACAGUGUUGGAAGAAGGAUCCCGACGAAAGACCAACAUUCGAAUACAUACAAUCCUUCCUAGAAGACUACUUUACUGCUACAGAGCCCCAGUAUCAACCUGGAGAUAACCUAUAAGCCAAGUCAACUGCAGUCGGCUGUUGGUCUGCCAUGAUUCUAGGUGUCUUACAUCUCGACACCAAACCAACACUAAGAGACCAUUUGGAAUGCCACUAUGCGGUUGCACAGAACCACUUUCUUUUUCUUGAACAUGUAUCAUUUGUCAUUGCACUUCAGGGUACUAAGGAACAUUUUUAUCAACACUAAUUGUUUUUAGGUUAAAUGUGGUGUAGGAUCAACAGCCCUUGUUUUUUAAAUGUGAAGGGAUACAAUCAUGUAAAACACUAAUCUAAAUAUUAACUAGAAUCCACUAUUUUUGAUGAGGAGUAAGUCUUUAACUUUUUAGACAAUUGAUACAGCAGUUUGAUGGACCUCCAGCGACGAAAUGAGUCCAGGUCUUUUUAAAUGUUGAGUGAGUGCAAGCGUUAAUCUAGUUUGGCAGACCUCAGUAACCAGAUGACUGUGAGCGAGAGUAUUGCACUGUGUUCAAUACUUCUACUGAUGUAACUGGAAAUGCAGCAUGAGAUUUUAAAUUUUAUACAUAGUUUGAGUUUAAUUCAGAAAUACAGGAAAAUAAUGAAAAUGUUUUGUAACUGUUUAUGAACUAAACUACAAUCUUUUAAACUUGAAAAUCAUGUAAUAUUAGCUUCUUGGAAAUAGGUAUAGGGUGCUUUUUGAUUUUUUUGGGGGGGAAAGUUUAAUUUCAGUAGAACAAAUUUCCAUUAGUAAAGAGCUUGGUAUUUAAGGAUGUAGCUUAUUUCUGCUCAAGGAAAUAAGAAAUCUUAAGCAAAGUAUCUAACGCAGUGGUUCCCAACCUUUUUUUGGCCAUGCCCCACCUAAUCACCUCUAAAAUCCUGAUGCCCCCCCCCCAUGUGGUGAUAUAUAAUUCUUAUCAUUUAAAAUAAAGACCUUUUUUACCCAAGAAAAAUUAUUUACUCAAAAUAACAUCUGAAACAUAAACUACAUAUGUUUACCUGAUGGAAAAUCCAAAAAAAUAAAAAUUAAAAAUUUGGACCCAGACCUCAGUCGCGCUCAAUUGCCCCCCUUAAAAAUCAAAUUGCCCCCCUGUGGGGCGUACGCCCCACGUUGGGAACCACUGAUCUAACGUGUGGAUUCAGGCAUAUCAGGCAAUAAUGAACGCAGUGUUAUUGCUACAAUAGUGUUACAGUGACCAAGGUAGAAAUGUCUAUCAUAUCUGAACAGCAACACUAAGUUCAUCAUGGAUAAAUAAAAUUAAAUGCCGGAUCUACUCAGCAGUUCAUUAAGUUUAUUAUGCACUGUGGGAGUAACGCUGACAUUUAGUCAUGACAUUAUCAGCACUGAGGCACAAUUCCAUGAAGGUGAGCAACAGCAUUGUCAUAUAAUUUUAACUUCGAAAUGUUUACAGGUCUUUUUGUGGAAAUUUUUUACAGAGCAUACAGUGCCCUCCAUAAUGUUUAGGCCAAAGACCCAUAAUUUAUUUAUUUGUCUCUGUACUCCACAAUUUGAGAUUUGUAAUAGAAUUUGUAAUAGGUUAAAGUACACAUUGUCAGAUUUUAAUAAAGGCCGUUUUUAUAUAUUUUGCGUUCACCGUGAAGAAAUUACAGCAGUGUUUAUACAUAGUCCCCCCAUUUCAGGGCACCAUAAUGUUUGGGACACAACAAUGUCAUGUAAAUGAAAGUAGUCAUGUUUAGUAUUUUGUUGCAAAUCAUUUGCAUGCAAUGACUGCUUGAUGUCUGCGAUUCAGGGACAUCACCAGUUGCUGGGUGUCUUCUCUGGUGAUGCUCUGCCAGGCCUGUAUUGCAGCCAUCUUUAGCUUAUGCUUGUUUAGGGGGCUAGCCCCCUUCAGUUUUCUCUUCAGCAUAUAAAAGGCAUGCUCAAUUGGGUUCACUUGGGAUUGACUUGGCCACUGAAGAAUUGGCCAUUUUUUAGCUUUGAAAAACAUUGUUGUUUUAGCAGUAUGUUUGGGAUCAUUGUCUUGCUGAACCGCCGGCCAAUGAGUUUUGCGGCAUUUGUUUGAACUUGAGCAGAUAGGAUGUGUCUACACUUUAGAAUUCAUUAUGCUAUUACUAUCAGCAGUUGUAUCAUCAAUGAAGAUAAGUGAGCCAGUACCUUCAGCAUGCCCAGGCCAUAACACCCCCACCACCGUGUUUCAUAGAUUAGCUGGUAUGCUUUGGAUCUUGGGCAGUUCCUUCUCUCCUCCAUACUUUGCUCUUGCCAUCACUCUGAUAGAAGUUAAUAUUUGUCUCAUCUGUCCACAAGACCUUUUUCCAGACCUGUGGUUGCUCUUUUAAGUACUUCUUGGCAAACUGUAACCUGGCCAUCCUAUUUUUGCAGCUAACUAGUGGUUUGGAUCUUGCAGUGUAGCCUCUGUAUUUCUGUUCAUGAAGUCUCUGGACAAUGGUCAUUGACAAAUCCACAUCUGACUUCUAAAAGUGUUUCUGGUCUGUUGGACAAGUGUUUGGGGAAUUUUCUUUAUUAUAGAGAGAAUUCUUGUCAUCAGCUGUGGAGGUCUUCCUUGGCCUGCCAGUCCCUUUGCGAUUAGUAAACUCACUAGUGCUCUCUUUCUUCUUAAUGAUAUUUCAAACAGCUGAUUUUGGUAACUCUACGGUUUGGCUGAUGUCUCUAACAGUUUUAUUCUUGUUUCUCAGUCUCAUAAUGGCUUAUUUGACUUUCCUUGGCACAACUUUGGUCCUUACGUUGAUAAACAGCAAUAAAAGUUUCUAACGGUGAUCGAAAGACUGGGUGCUGAGAGCUCUCUUAUAUCUGCAUUAAGGAUGCAUUUAAACACACCUGAGCAAUUACAAACACCUUUGAAGCCAUGUGUCCCAAGCAUUAUGGUGCCCUGAAAUGGGGGGGGGGGGGGGGGCGGCUAUGUAUAAACACAGCUGUAAUUUCUACAUGCUGAAACAAAUGAAUAAAAAUACCCUUUAAUAAAAUCUGAUAAUGUGGACUUUAACCACAUGUGAUUGUUUCUAUUACAAAUCUCAAAUUGUGGAGUGCAGAGGCAAAUAAAUAAAUCAUGGAUCUUUGUCCCAAACAUUAUGGAGGGCAUUGUAUCUUAAUCAGUGCCAUCACGUACAUUUUUUCCUGCAAUAUAUUUUGUGAUAGAUUUAAAUCUGUAUGAAAUCAUAGAAUCUUUUUUUUUCUUUCUUCGUAAUAUUUUUGAAAAUAACCAAGCCUAUGUUUGUUUUCUGUAUUAAUUCCAGAUCUCCUUUGCCAGAAAACUUUCUGGUGAUUAUUUUCAUUAAUGGACUGAAUCAUUCCUGUAACAACAUUUGUACAGUAAAUAAACACUAAUUUCUGUUA